CCGCCUGCCUCGCGGGAGGCCCCCGAGAUCCGGCAGCUUCCCCUCUCCUCAUCCUCCCCGCAUCGGCCGGCCGCCCCGAUGCUCCUCCGGUCGCCGCCGCGGCGCCUCCACCUGCUCCGGCCGCGCCACCUGCGCGUCCUCUCCCACGCCGCCGCGGCGCUUGCGUCCCCGGCCCCGCCCCCCGCCCCGACCGAGUGGACGGAGGCGCCCGUCGCCUCGGUGCGCGCGGCCACCGCCGACGCCUCCCUCUUCCACGUCUCCCUCGACCUCUCCGCCCACGGGCCCCUCCUCGCCUCCCACGUCGCCGCCGGCCAGUUCCUCCCCUUCCGCCUCCCCUCCGCCCCCUACCCCAUCUUCCUCGCCAUCUCCUCCCCUCCCCCUGCCUCCUCCUCGGCGUCUCCGCCCAGAUCGUUCGACUUCCUCGUCAAGCGCCUCCCCGGCACCCCCUCCGCGCGCCUCUGCGACCUCCAGCCCGGCGACCUCGUCCCCGUCGGCGGCAGCGUCGUCGGCCGCGGGUUCGAGGUAACCAGGAUCGCCGACGCCCGCGACGUCCUCGUCUUCGCCACCGGAUCCGGGAUCAGUCCAAUCCGGUCACUCAUUGAGUCAGGUUUUGGUGAAAAUGAGAAGAUUGAUGUAAGCCUCUUUUAUGGGGUUAGAAACCUUCAAAGGAUGGCUUAUCAGGAAAGGUUCAGUGACUGGGAAUCGAGAGGAAUAAAAAUUAUACCUGUUCUCUCUAGACCAGAUGAGCAGUGGACUGGCCAGCGUGGCUAUGUUCAGAAUGCCUUUUCAAGGGCAAAGAAAAUUAUAAAUCCAUCAUCAACGGGAGCGAUUUUGUGUGGACAUAAACAGAUGACUGAGGAAAUUACUAGAUCUCUUGUUGCUGAUGGUAUGCCCAAAGAUCAAAUCCUAACAAACUUCUGAGUUCUAGGACACGUUUCUUGCCUUUCUGGCUGUUGUACACUUACUUACCACCGCAAUCUAGUGGCUCUUGUUUACAGCAAAUGUGAUGCGACUUAGGGUCGCGAAAAAGAUACUGCUAAGUACUAACAAAUAAGGGCAACUCAUUUUCCUUCACGCUGCGAGUUGCCCAUCAACCAUUGGAUGUUGAUAUCCUGAUAUAUAUUCAUCUCAAGCAAGAAGAAAAAUGCUUGGUGGUACCCUGAGACAGUAGUAUUCCCCUGGAAGGUGCUGAUGCAACUCGAAAAGCCCCCUUCCAGAAAAGUAGAAGGGGACAUAGGUUGUAAGUUAGUAAAAUCAUUUUUUAGUUUGUAUGCCUUGGGAUAUAAUCGGCUGCAAGUGUAUGUGCCGUGAAAUUUUGGUAUGUUUGAAGGUUGUAAUAUUUUUUGAAUUGCAUGGGUGUAUGUGUAUGUGUAUGUGGAACCUGUUCUCCCAUCUGACAGUGUGCCUGAAUUUAUGUGGAAA